AUGUCCGAGCAGGAACCACUUCUUCCGACGAGCAGCUCUUACGACCGCGAUGUCGACCAAGGCGGUACUAGCAAAGAAGCAUCCUGGAAAGAGUGGACCGCGGAGUUGCUAGAAUCACCCAAACUGCACAAGGCAGUCAUCACGCUGGCUCGUACUCUUUUCACUCCUUGCGUCUUGAUUGACUCUGCCUGCGUCCUGGGCGACCUCGGCUACACCUUUCUGAAGGAGAACUGCGUCCCCGAGGACAACCAGCCAGUCUGGCUGACCGUGCUCUCCCACAUCUCGCUCGCCAUCACCACGUUCUUCCUCGUUGAAAUCCCUCUCACGAUAUGGGCGCAAGGCUGGAGGUAUUACAAGCCCGGCGGACAGGCACUGCAUUCGUCGUUGCACUUCUUUGAUGCUGUCGUAAUCGUCACGACAUUUGUCCUUGAGGUCGUUCUUCGAGGACGCGAGAGGGAGCUAGCAGGGCUGCUCAUUAUCCUUCGACUCUGGCGUUUGGUGAAGUUGGUCCAAGGUAUCGCUGUUAGUGCGGGCGAACUCGAGGAGGAUAAUGUGCGCCAGUUGGAGGAAACGAGGAGAGAGCUGGAAGGAAUGAUUGUCGCAUUAGCUGAUACCCGUGAAGAGAACCGAAAGCUGCGUCUGCGCAUCCACGAGCUCGAGGUCCAUGCACAGCCGCAAGACGAGGAACCUCCAUCUACGGAAGAUUAA